AUGGCUGUCCUGGGCCCCUGUAGUCAGACCUCGGUCACUCUGAGCCCUGUGCCUUCAGCAGGCGGCGCCGGCGGGCGACGGGCGCGAUGGGGUCGGCGGACGCCGCUGCGCUCGUUGCUGUGUGUGAAGCGGCAGCGCUGCGCCGUGAGCCUGGACCCCGCGCGGGCGCUGCUGCGCUGGUGGCGGAGCCCGGGGCCCGGAGCCGGCGCCCCCGGCGCGGAUGCCUGCUCUGUGCCCGUCUCUGAGAUCAUCACCGUCGAAGAAACGGACAUCCACGGCAGGCACUACGGCCGCGGAAAAUGGCAGAAGAUGGAGAAGCCCUUCGCUUUCACAGUGCACUGCGUGAAGAGGGCCCGACGUCACCGCUGGAGGUGGGCGCAGGUGACCUUCUGCUGUGCUGAGGAGCCGCUGUGUCACCUGUGGCUGCAGACGCUGCGGGAGCUGCUGGAGAAGCUGACAUCCAGACCAAAGCAUUUACUGGUGUUUAUUAAUCCGUUUGGAGGGAAAGGACAAGGCAAGCGGAUAUAUGAAAGGAAAGUGGCCCCACUGUUUACCUUAGCGUCCAUCACCACCGAAAUAAUCGUCACCGAACGUGCUAAUCAGGCCAAGGAGAGCUUAUACGAGAUCAACAUAGAUAAAUACGACGGGAUCGUCUGCGUUGGUGGAGACGGCAUGUUCAGCGAGGUCUUGCACGGCCUGAUUGGCAGGACGCAGAGGAACGCCGGCGUGGACCAGAACCAGCCCCGGGCAGCCCUGGUGCCCAGCCCACUCCGGAUCGGCAUCAUCCCUGCGGGGUCCACGGAUUGUGUGUGUUUUUCCACGGUCGGCACGAAUGACGCGGAGACAUCAGCUUUGCACAUCAUCGUGGGGGACUCACUGCCCAUGGACGUGUCCUCGGUUCACCACAACAGCACGCUGCUGCGCUACUCCGUGUCCCUGCUGGGCUAUGGCUUCUACGGGGACGUCAUCAAGGACAGUGAGAAGAAGCGGUGGAUGGGGCUCAUCAGAUACGACUUCUCAGGUUUGAAGACCUUCCUGUCACAUCACUGCUACGAAGGGACAGUGUCUUUCCUGCCAGCGCGGCACACAGUGGGGUCUCCCAGGGACAGGAAACCCUGCCGUGCCGGGUGCUUCGUGUGCAGGCAGAGCAAACAGCAGCUGGAGGAGGAGCAGAAGAGGUCGUUGUACGGCCUGGAGAACACCGAGGAGGUGGAAGAGUGGAAGGUCGUCUGCGGGAAGUUCCUGGCCAUCAACGCCACCAACAUGUCCUGUGCUUGUCCCCGGAGUCCCCAGGGCCUGUCCCCGGCCGCCCACCUGGGGGACGGGUCUUCCGACCUCAUCCUCAUCCGGAAGUGCUCCCGGUUCAACUUCCUGAGGUUUCUCGUCAGGCACACGAACCAGUACGACCAGUUUGACUUCGCUUUUGUCGAAGUUUAUCGCGUCAGGAAAUUCCAGUUUGUAUCGAAGCACGUGGAGGACGAGGACAGCGACCUCAAGGAGAGGGGGAAGACGCGCUUCGGGCAGAUCUGCAGCGACCACCCCCCGUGCUGCUGCUCUGUGUCCAACAGCUCGUGGAACUGUGACGGGGAGGUCCUGAGCAGCUCCGCCAUCGAGGUCCGGGUCCACUGCCAGCUGGUUCGUCUCUUUGCACGAGGAAUCGAGGAGAAUCCUAAGGAAGAGUCACAGAGCUGAGACGCUGUCACGCAUCGCCUGCCUUGCCGUGAUUGGGAACCGUGACCGUUAUUUAAGAAAAUUACUGCAGACCAAUUACGUUGAUGUACACAUUUAAAUUUAGAAAUUUAUUUUUGAUAGUUAAAUCUUGAUUUUAGAAAAAUACCUUCGUCGUCAAUAUUGUGAACAUACCUGGCGUUUUCGGUUCUACGUGGCUCUUUGGGCUGCGUUUCACGUGACUUCUUCUCAGCCAAUGGCACUUACCAGUUUGGGGGCGCUGGCUUCUUAGAUUUUAACAACGCCGACGGUGCAGAUUUUCAAAGGGCCCAUCAGUGGCUCUGCCGCAAUAAGUUUAGGGACCGCGAAUGUGCGGUCACACCAUCCGGACGGGGGUCCCCCCGCUCACUGAUCCACAUCGCACGACUUACUCUGUAGUUAUUUGUGGUCAGGUUUCGGAAAGUAGUCGGUCGCCUUCAUUUUGCCUUCAUCUGAGCUUCUACUUAGGAAACUUCCGGACUCUCUCUGUCCCGGGCAACUACAAUGCAACGUAGCCCUGCUUCGGGGACACCUCGGGAGUGCAGCACUGUUGUGGGGACACGGACAGGAGUGGCACUUUAUCUUGAAAACCCAGGUCCUUGCUUUCAUCACGGUCGUGUUUCUGGGACAAUCCGGCUGGUCAGCAGGAACAAUCACGGGCCCUGGAGACGGCAUCGGUUUUAACGGCUAGGUGCCGACGCUUUAUGGCCACACUGGGCCGGGGGGGGGGGGGGGUGACAUGGAGAGAAGCUGGCACACAGUAGGAAAAAAUUCACUCUGUGAAUGCUGUGUUCACUUGACAUCCGGGCACCCUGCCCUGGUUGGCGGUGGGGCUCCCGAGUCCCGGGGGCUACUUUGGUGCAGGCCCCGGGUCUAUACAUGUGGUCCCGACUGGAGCUUUUCUUCACGUUCAGUUCUACAUAUUUAUUGAAACCGUUGUCCUUUUCAGCCAGAAUAGUGUAAAUGGUGUCUUCAGGGUUAGUAUUUUAAAUAGUUUUCCGCUGAAGCGCUGGAGCUGCAUCGGCCGGGGGUUCCCUACAGGCGGCCAGGGGUUCCCUGUAGCGGCCAGGGGUUCCCUACAGGCGGCCGGGGGUUCCCUGCAGCGACCAGGGGUUCCCUACAGGGGGCCAGGGGUUCCCUACAGGCGGCCAGGGGUUCCCUGUAGCGGCCAGGGUUCCCUACAGGCGUCCGGGGGUUCCCUACAGGCAGCUGGGGGUUCCCUGCAGUGACCGGGGGUUCCUCACAGGCAGCCAGGGGUUCCCUGCAGUGGCGGGGGGUUCCUCACAGGCGGCCAGGGGUUCCCUGCAGCGGCCGGGGGUUCCCUACAGCGGCCAGGGGUUCCCUGCAGCGGCCAGGGGUUCCCUACAGGCAGCCAGGGGUUCCAACCUACAGGCGGCCAGGGGUUCCAACCUACAGGCGGCCAGGGUUCCCUGCGGUGGCCAGGGGUUCCCUACAGGCGGCCGGGGGUUCCCUGCAGCGACCAGGGGUUCCCUACAGGCAGCCAGGGGUUCCCUGCAGUGGCCGGGGUUCCCUACAGGCAUCCGGGGGUUCCCUACAGGCAGCUGGGGGUUCCCUACAGGCAGCCAGGGGUUCCCUGCAGUGACCGGGGGUUCCUCACAGGCGGCCAGGGGUUCCCUACAGUGGCUGGGGGUUCCUCACAGGCGGCCAGGGGUUCCCUGCAGUGGCCGGGGGUUCCCUACAGGCGGCCAGGGUUCCCUGCAAAGGCCGGGGGUUCCCUACAGGUGGCUGGCGCUUCCCUGCAGGCAUGGCCACCGGCCCUGGGGUGGCCCUCGUGCAUGCUUGUGGCCCCAUUUCCUUUGUAUUCAUGCUUGGCUAUAUGGGAGAUGCAUCGAAAAUAGCUUUAUUUGAAAUAUAAGAUGAGGCUUGAACUCUGGUUUGCAAAGAGAGAGGAAGCCUGUUACAAGAGGCGGUUCACAAGCCGUCAUGUGCUUUACGAGUGCCCUUGACCUCACGUAGGCACAAGUAGUCAUUUUAGCAUUAACAGACAUCAUAUAUUUUUAGAAUUUACUUGCAGCAUUUAUAUUUUGAAGUAUACAUGAAAUUUCCUAUUUUAUCAUUCAAUCCCAGGUCAGACAAAAAGGGUAGCUUUAACUGGCUUUUUUAAUAAGAUCACAUUAUCAAGUGAUUGUGCGAAUCCGCUGUUUUAAUGAUUAGCGGGUGGGUGAAAAGUCUGGGUAUGAAAAUAACUCUCAGUGCUUGCUGCUGGUUGGAAGAAACCAGACCCAGGACUGGCAGGUCUGAGCAGGGGCGCGAGGGCCUCGCCAACGGGGCUCCCGGCCGCCCACAGCCGCUCUGUGGAUUGUUACUUGACGAGGUUUCCUAAAACAGUACUGGUCUGAAGUCCAUGGCCGGUUUGAGAGAAACAGUCCAGGCCGGAGUCCACAGUUCACGUUCACCGAGAAGGCGAGCCACACGGUUCCUGGAGGGCUGACCUUGUGCCAUCACAGGCCUUGGGACGGUUCUUAGGGUGCGUGUGGUUGUGUGAACACCCCCAGCACUCCUUGAUAAUCUCUACACGGGAUGGAAGUACUUUCCAGACAUUCCCAUGUGGGCAGGGGGUUCUGAUCUCCCGAAGGCCCCAGAUGGAGCCCCAACAUGUGCACGUCAGAACUGACAGCUGGUUAGUGAGGAUUUAGGAUCAUCUAGGAUUAGUCUAGGCUUUAACUUCCUGUGUGACUCAUUGGUGCAAAAAACCGUGGUGGUACUUAUGCCCUGACCCGUUUCCCGCUUGUUCUGACUACCAAGGAGGAACCUUGGAAGCUGCACCUGCUCGGCGGGCAGGCUCGACUUUGUUCCUUGUACAAUCUCGUGUAACGGGGCAGGACCGAUGGAAGAGGUGGCUUCAUUUUCUUUUAAUCUUGCGGGUUUCGAGAUUAGAAAAUGGCAUAUUUGCUCUGACACGUUUGAGAAGACAGAAAUAAAGUUACGUUGGGCAGAAUUUUUUCUUCUUUUAUAAAUUCCUGUUAUUUUCAAAGCGGAGCAUGUUUUGUGAAAACACCUAUGUACGAUUUAAAGAGCAAGAAUAAAAUGAACGAUGGUGUACCUACCGGC